GCCUCCAGCAGAAUCUCUUCAAUGUUCAUGCUGCAGAUUUCACUGCUCUCACCAGCUUAAAGGGAACAUGUGGCUUUUGACAGCUCUUCUCCUUUGGGUUCCAGUUGGUGGGCAAGUGGAGGACUCCACAAAGGCAGUUAUCACCUUGCAGCCUCCAUGGGUCAAUGUGUUCCGAGAAGAAAAUGUUGCCUUGUGGUGUGAGGGGCCUCACCUGCCUGGGAACAACUCCGUGCACUGGCUCCUCAAUGGCACAACCCUUCAGACCUCAACUCCCAGGCACAGCAUCGUUGCAGCAAGUUUCAGUGACAGCGGUGAAUACAUGUGCCAAACAGGGCUCUCAGCACAGAGUGACCCUGUACAACUAGAAAUCCAUGCAGCUUGGCUGCUACUUCAACCCUCUAGCAGAGUCCUCACUGAAGGAGAGCCUUUGACCUUGAGGUGUCAUGGAUGGAAGAAUAAGCUGGUUUACAAUGUGGUUUUCUAUCAAAAUGGAAAGCCCAUUAAGUUUUCUUAUCGGGACUCUGAACUCACUCUUCUGAAAACCAACAUGAAUCACAGCAGUAUCUAUCACUGCUCAGGCAAAGGAAAACCACCUUACAUCUUCACAUCAACAGGAGUAGCUGUGACUGUGAAAGAGCUAUUUCCAGCUCCAGUGCUGAGCUCAUCCUUGUCAUCCCCUCUCUGGGAGGAAAAGCUGGUCACACUGAGCUGUAAAACAAAGUUGCUCCUACAGAGGCCUGGCGUGCAACUUUACUUCUCCUUCUACAUGGGCAACAUGAUGCUGAGGGGCAGAAACACAUCCUCUGAAUAUCAGAUUCUAACUGCCAGAAAGGAAGAUUCUGGGUCAUACUGGUGUGAGGCGGCCACAGAAGAUGGAAAUGUCCUUAAGCGCAGCCGCGUGUUGGAGCUUCAAGUGUAUGGCCCUCAGUCACCAAUUUCUGUCGGGUUUCACAUCCUUUUCUAUCUGCCAAUGGGCCUAAUAUUUUUGGUAGAUACUGUUCUCUGUGUGAGAAUAUAUAAAGAACUGCCAAGAAAGACAAAGUGGAAUUUAGAAAUGUCUUUGGCUUCUGAUCAUGGAGAGGAAGAAACUUGACAAUCUAAAAGGUAUUUAGAAGAAGAGGUGAAGUAUCAGAAACAGGAACCACAGCAAGAAAGGACACACCAAAGUCCCAGCAGGGAGAGAAGCAUCGGCUCAGAGGGUGACCACAGAUCUAGGGACAGCCUCUGCCUCUUCUUCUCUGUGAUACUGCUGGAACAUAAACAUCUGAAAGUUGAAUGUCAAGAAAACUGUGGGUUCCAUAGCUUAUAACUCUUAAAUAAAGCUGACUUCAA